AUGGAGCAUGCAUCUAAUAGGCAGUUAAUUCCCCCAAGUUCUCCUGACAUAAGCGACGCAGUUGGAGCCCCGCAGUUAAAUUCUCGACUUGGUCAUGAAUACCAGGUGGAAGUUCCUUCCAUGAUGAAAGAAUCAGAGCGGCUUCAACUUCUAAUGAAUCCUUCUUAUUCAGAACUUGUGCAUGAUAACUCACAUUGCUUUGUAAAAAAGAAUAUCUUGGAGGAUAGUGGACAUGAAAGAGGGGGAUAUCUUGGAGACAAUGAUGGUGCAAUCAAUGUAAGUAUACCUACAGAAGCAGCUGAUGUGAAAAAGAAUAGUAAAUCAGAUAAUGGAAAAGGGUUUAGACCAACCACUUUUAAAUCUGAGAUGACAGUAGAUCAACUACGUAAAAGUAAAAAUUAUCUAAUGGCCCCUGGUACAUUGAGUAACUCCUGGAGUGAUGCUGAUGUAAAAAGUUUUCUCCUUGGUUUGUUUAUCUUUGGGAAGAAUUUCAUUCAGAUAAAAAGGUUCUUAGAGAACAAAGGGAUGGGGGAAAUACUGUCAUUUUACUAUGGGAAGUUUUAUAAUUCUGAUGAAUAUCGGAGAUGGUCAGACUGCAAGAAAAUAAAAGGCAGAAAAUGUAUAACAGGACAUAAACUUUUUACUGGAAGGAAACAGAAUGAACUAUUGUCUCGCUUGAUUCCUCAUGUCUCUGAAGAAUUUCAAGAUACUUUACUACAGGUUUCUAAGUCAUAUGUGGAGGGGAGAACUUCUCUGGAAGAAUAUAUCUGUUCUUUGAAGUCUAUUGUUGGACUUGGUGUUCUUGUGGAAGCUGUAGGUAUUGGUAAGGGGAAGGAAGACCUUACUAGCCUUGCUGUGAAACCUGGAAAGAAAAGCCGGUUGUUUUCAAUACAAACUAGCAAAGCUUGGUCUUCUCUCGGACCUAGUGAUAUAAUAAAAAUUUUAACUGGAGGACGUCGAGUGAGCAAGGCCAAAAGUAAUGAUCUCUUCUGGGAAGCUGUUUGGCCCCGCUUACUGGCAAGAGGUUGGCACUCUGAACAAGUGAAGAAUCAAGAAUAUGUCACCUCCAAAGGUUUUUUGGUUUUUCUUAUCCCUGGUGUUGAGAAGUUUUCAAGAAGAAAACUUGUGAAAGGUGAUCAUUACUUUGAUUCUGUUAGUGAUGUCUUGAGAAAAGUUGUAGCUGAACCAAGUCUUCUUGAACUUGAAGUUGAAGAAGCUAAACUUGGUAGCUGCAAUAAUGAAGAGGCAGAAAAGGGAUUCAAUGAGGAUGGUCAAUCUGAUUAUCAUCACCAUUGUUACCUCAAACCCCGAGCUAGCGAGGGUAAGCUUGAUAGCAUCAACCAAAAGUUGACAAAGUUCAUAGUUGUUGAUACUAAGGUUAGGCAAUUGAGAUAUCCACCAGUUGAAUUGGAAGAUACUAAGAUGACUGGAAUUGCAAGAGAAAGUGCCAGGAGCUCUUUUGUUGACGAUUCACCAAGUGAGAUAGAAGCUACUAUGCUCGUAUACAGCAAAAAGAAUAUUAGCAAUGCUGAUUGGCAGAAGGGUACACACAAUAGAGAAACUACCAGCCAAAAAGAAUUGAACAGUAACCCAGAUAAUAAAGCAAACAAGAUGGCAGAAAACUGUGAAAAUGAACUAAAGAGAACCAUAAAGCACCAAUUCAGUAGAAGAGCAAGAUCAGUUCAUUCAAAUCUUGCAAUUCCUCCCAUCAAACGGCGGAGACUUUCUGCUCUUCAGAAUUCCUCGGGAGGCUUGGGAUCAGAAAAACUGGGACUCUCUCAUUCAUCUUGCUUUGCGGAUGCUAACAUGAAUGUUGGUGAUCCAGUCAGUCAUCAACAAGACGUAAGUUUAGUUUCUUCUUCAGCUGAAGGAAGUGUGGAAGAGAAUAAUGAAAAUGAAGUGAUCAUUGCCAAUGGAGUGUGUGUUGACAAGGGUAUUUCUUGUGAUGAAGUUGAGAAAUGUGAAUCACAACCACCGAUCAACUUCAAUGCUCCUCAGGUUCAAGUGAAGUCUGAAGAUGGUGAAAUGAUGGAAAUGGUGGAGGAAGAUGAGCAGGACCUGAAGCCAAAUGAUAUAAUUCCGAGGAGGCAGAGCACAAGAAACAGACCAUUGACAGUUAGAGCGUUGGAAUCUUUAGCAAAUGAAUUCUUGCAUGUACCAAGGAGACAUAAAGGAAAAAAAGCCCAGAGGCCCCAGAUACUUAAAGACAUAUUCAGUGCUUGCGGUAGGACUCGUACCGGAGUCAAAACAAUGUUGCAUAGUCAUAGUUCAGAUCAUGGGACUCCAGAUUGUACAGAAAAAAAGCACUUGAAUGAAGAUUGUAGUGUCAAUGAAAAUAUUAGCAAGCCUCUUGAUUAUAUUGAAGAGUAGGGGUCUGUUAUACUAGGAAUUUCCCUGAA